AUGAAGUUCAAUGCGGCCCUGGGCCUGCUGGCCCUUGUCGGCGGAGCAUCGUCUUCGCUGACCAUCACAACAAACACCAACAAGAACCCGCUGGCGUCGAACCAAAACACAACCGUGGUCCCCAACACGUUCAUAGUCGAGCUGCAACCAGACUUCCACCCUGACCUCCAGCCCAAGGAGCGGUUUGCAAAGACAGCGCCAGGGGCCAAGAUCGGGUACCGCGUUCGCCAGCAGUACAACAGCACCGACUUCUUCUACGGCGUAUCGGUAUCGUUUAAUACGCACGUCGACCUUGGCACGCUGCGUCAAAGCACCGGCGUCAAGAAUGCCUGGAAAGUCGCCAUUGUGCCCCGGCCGGAGCCAUAUCACUUGCGGGGGGCUCCGAAAAUCAGCCAGGGGACAUCCUUGCCGAAUCUGAGAGGCAGUGCCAAGGUCAACCAACCGCUGGCCAUGAGCAACGUGCAGAAGCUUCACGACCAGGGCAUCAAGGGCAAAGGGGUGCAAGUGGCUAUUAUCGACACUGGAGUUGACUAUCGCCAUCCAGCGCUGGGCGGCGACGAUUAUGACGGUAGCAACACUCCUGUGCCGGAUCCAGACCCCCUGGCAACAUGCGUGGAUGGUGGACACGGCACUCACACUGCCGGCAUCGUGGGCAUGGAGGAUCCCGAUAAUGUGGGAUUCGGCCUCGUCGGCGUCGCUCCCGAGGCAACCUUGGCAUCCUACCGCGCUGCGCAGAACGGGGCGGAUGUUGUGUCCAUAUCGAUCGGCGGGUACGAUAUCUGGGAGGAGAUCAAUCCAUUCGACGAAGUCAUCACGAGAUUGGCCAACCACGGCGUGGCCGUUGUUGCUGCCAUUGGAAACUUUGGAACCGCCGGAGUGUUCUCGACUGCUGCGCCGGGUAUAUCCACCAAUGCCUUGUCCGUGGGAUCGAUUGAGAACGAAGUCUACCCGACGGUUUAUACGGCCCACGAUGACAAGCACAAGGCCAUCGACUAUGUCUCAGUGUUUCCCGCAACUGGUCUGGGCCGUGUCGAGGUCUACCAGCUGGGGACUGGUCUAGACGUCCCAAUCGAUGCCAACGUCUCCAGCGGAUGCUACGAGCCUGCCUGGGAUGCUCUGGCCGCGGCAUCUGUUGACUGGAACAACACCAUCUUGUUGGUGUCUUGGGUUAGCUGGUGCGGCACGAACUGGGGGACGGCCGUGGACUUGGGAGCUCAAGCAAUCCUGGCGUAUCAACCCGAAGAACUGCUCAUUGUCGUGGACGAGCCCGAGGAUCCAACGACUCUUCUAUACUUGGACUACAACAACUCACAGCAAAUCGUCAACAAUCUGGCUCAGCUGCCCGCUGGCCAGAAAUACUACCUCACCUUUGAUGGAAAGAAGCCCAGCUCUUCUGCGGACCCGCUGGGGAGGACGCCCGAUGACUUCUCCAGCUUUGGCCCGACGGUUGAAAUGUCACUGGCCCCGAAGGUCUCGGCACCGGGAGGAACCAUCCUGGCUACAUGGCCACUGGAAGCCGGCGGAUAUGCUGUGCUGUCAGGGACUUCAAUGGCCACCCCCUUUGCUGCAGGAAGUCUGGCAUUGCUCAAGUCCCAGCAGCCGCAUCUAUCCGUCGCGGAACUGUAUGCACGGCUUAUGACCACCGCCGGCCCCGUCAACGAACCCAACUCCAAGCAGAUUGCUUCUACAGCUCGCCAGGGAGGAGGCCUCAUCGACGUCUAUGCGGCUGUCAAGGCGGAUACAGUCAUCAGUCCAUCUGAGCUCAGCCUGCACGAUUCGGAAACGCCGGCGCCUCGGAAGAUCACCAUCACGAACCAGUCCAAGUCGAGAAAGAAGUACUCUUUCCAGCACAGCCCGGGGUCUUUCUAUCGCGUCUACUAUAAUUAUCUAACCGGCAACACAGACUACAACGGCGGCAGUGAGGUCAUUCCUCUCGACGUCCCUGCCUCUGCCAGCUUCUCGCAGUCAUCCCUGACUCUGGGGCCAGGCCAGUCUGCUACGGUCCAGGUCCAGAUCAAGCCGCAGCACGAUGACUGGCCGUGGUCCUUGCCCGUGUAUGGCGGCUUCGUAAAGAUCACUUCUGACGAUGCAGCUUAUUCGAUUCCAUACAUUGGCGUGCCUUACAACCGCACCGAGGUUGGCCCUAUCAUGCACAAUGUGACGACCCAGCUGCCGUAUGACUCUCCAGGCAUCCUGAAGCUCCCGGCAAACGACCUCUUCCUGGCCGACGGACAGAUCCCAACGCCCAACAUUGACUCGUACAACUGGUCGACAGACCCGUCCAAGUCAUUCAUCCCCGUCUUCCGGGUGGAUGUGCUGCUGCCCUCGCGCUUCAUCCGCUUCGACCUCGUGCCCGCCAACGUCUCCUUCGUGCCCUCCAUCUACGGCUUCGACCCAGAUGUCCACAUCGACUACAAGCCCCCUUCGCAGGCCAUUCUACCCGGCUUUCUCGGCCCCUUGAUUAACCACUUCUUCGCUCAGGCCCUUCUGCUUCCUACGCUGACAAACGAUGACAACGUGUCGUACAACAUCUCGUCUGGAGAUUACCGGCCGCUUCUCCGGGCGUUGAGGUGGAAUGGUAACGAGACUAACCCCGACGACUACGAAUCCUGGCUGGGGCCAGUUAUUCGGGCGGACAUUCCGAGCGACGAGUUUCCUACCGACACGUAA